UCGUAGGCCUAUGCAUGAAAGUAAUUAGGGAAAGUAAAACCCAGCUGGCUUUGUCAAAGGCUCAAGACCCAUGACGGGGGAAAGCAAACCCACCACGCACAGGUCAUCUUCUAUGCGAAAUUCUGAGACGCACUAAUAUUUAUCGACGACGAUGGCCGCUAAAGCUCUAAUUCCUCUGGUGUUUUCCUGAUAGUUUGUCAAUUUCUGUAAUAUUCGUCUCCAAGUCCAAUAUGUACGCCUCUUCUGCGAGAAGCUCGCGAGAUUCAGGUCAGAAGGCGGGAAUCUCCAAGUCCAGUUAGAGUUUACUUGCAAUUCUUGAUACCCUCUUCUGAUUUUGCGAGAUUUCUAAAACCCAUCUGAGAUUUCCAUGGGUACUCUGUUAAGAGCACACAAUAAGCUUGGAUUGCUACACCCACUUCAUGGGUUUGCAGAGAAACGCAAUCUUUUAUGCUCUUCAGAGGGUCAACACCACUUUAGGUUUGGUUCCAAGAGGUCUCAUCGGACAUGGUGGAGGAAUCCUUGUGUUAGGGCUCGCAGUAGUGCUGUCUUGGAGCUUGUUCCGGAAACCAAAAAAGAGAAUCUUGAGGUCGAGCUCCCCAUGUAUGACCCAUCAAAGGGUCUGGUUGUGGACCUUGCAGUCGUUGGGGGUGGUCCUGCAGGACUUGCUGUUGCACAACAGGUCUCUGCAGCAGGCCUCUCCGUUUGUUCAAUUGACCCAUCUCCAAAAUUGAUUUGGCCAAACAAUUAUGGUGUCUGGGUAGACGAGUUUGAAGCCAUGGACCUACUUGAUUGCCUCGACACAACCUGGUCUGGUGCCGUUGUGUUCUUGGAUGAGAAGACACGGAAAUAUCUGGAUAGACCUUACGGUAGAGUAAAUAGGAAGUUGCUGAAAUGGAAAAUGAUGCAGAAGUGCAUAUCAAAUGGUGUUAAGUUUCAUCAAGCCAAGGUUAUUAAGGUUAUUCAUGAGGAAUCAAAAUCUCUUUUAAUUUGCAAUGACGGAGUUACAGUUCAGGCAAAUAUAGUUCUUGAUGCCACCGGGUUCUCGAGGUGCCUUGUGCAAUAUGAUAAGCCCUAUAACCCUGGGUACCAAGUGGCUUAUGGAAUCUUAGCAGAGGUGGAAGAGCACCCCUUUGAUGUGGAUAAGAUGGUUUUCAUGGAUUGGAGAGAUUCACAUCUGACCAACAAGGAGGAGUUGAGAGAAAAGAAUUGUAAGAUCCCCACAUUUCUGUAUGCAAUGCCCUUCUCAUCCAAACGGAUUUUUCUGGAAGAGACUUCUCUUGUCGCCCGACCUGGAGUUCCAAUGGAAGAGAUACAGGAAAGGAUGGUAGCUAGGUUGAGACACUUAGGUAUAAAAGUGAAAAGCAUUGAAGAAGAUGAGAGAUGUGUUAUUCCAAUGGGAGGCCCUCUUCCCGUGCUCCCUCAGAGAGUCGUAGGAAUAGGUGGAACUGCAGGUAUGGUGCACCCCUCAACUGGUUAUAUGGUGGCAAGAACUCUUGCAGCCGCUCCGGUAGUUGCAAACUCGAUAGUUCAGUACCUUGGCUCUGAGAGACGGCUUUCAGGGGAUGAAAUGUCUGCCGAAGUUUGGAAAGAUUUGUGGCCCAUAGAGAGGAGGAGGCAGAGGGAAUUUUUCUGCUUUGGUAUGGAUGUUCUGCUCAAGCUUGAUUUACAAGGCACAAGGAGGUUCUUUGAUGCAUUUUUUAAUCUAGAGCCACAUUACUGGCAUGGAUUCUUGUCAUCUCGAUUGUUUCUUCCCGAGCUUAUAUAUUUCGGUCUUUCUCUAUUUUCUCAAGCCUCCAAUACUUCUAGGAUAGAGAUUAUGGCCAAGGGCACAGUUCCUUUGGUAAACAUGAUUGGCAACUUAAUAAAGGAUAGGGACUAGAAUGUAAGAUUUCAUUUGACAUCUAAAUUUACUGUCUGUAACCAGUAAAUGUCAAUGUAACUACCCAGUUUUUUAUGCAAUUCAUAUUUGAUCUCCUUAGACAUCAA